AUGUAAAAAAGCACAAAUUUUGAUAUUGAAAAAGAAUACUAAAAAUACAAAAACGUAUUAAAAGGAGCAAAAAAAGGAGAAGUAGUAACCCGUUUUCCUCCCGAACCAUCUGGUUAUUUACAUAUUGGACACGCAAAAGCAGUAUUGAUAAAUUACCAUUACUCAAAAAUAUAUGAAGGUAAGAUGAUUUUUCGUUUCGAUGAUACUAAUGUUGAAAAAGAAAAAGAAGAAUAUGUAUAAUCAAUUAUUGAUGAUUUAAAAACUCUAGGAGUAUAAUGGACAGGUGAAAUAACUCAUACUUCAGAUUAUUUCGAUUAUUUAAUUGAAAAAGCAGAAGAAUUGAUAAAGAAAGGACUUGCAUAUUGCGAUAAUACGCCACAAGAAAUAAUGAGAGAUGAAAGAUUUAAAUGUAUUGAAUCGAAAAACAGAAAUACACCUCCAGAAGAAAAUCUUAAAAUUUUUAGAGCUAUGUGCAAAACUAAUGCAGAUAUACACGAUGCAGAUAAUUAUUGUUUAAGAGGAAAAAUUGAUAUGAAAAGUAAAAAUGGAGCAAUGAGGGAUCCUGUAUUUUACAGAGUAAAUACGAAAGAACAUCAUCGUACUGGAACGAAAUACAGAUGUUAUCCAACAUAUGAUUUUUGUUGUCCUUUAGUUGAUAGUAUUGAAGGAGUAACUCAUGCAAUGAGAACUAAUGAAUAUUCAGAUAGAAUUGAAUAAUAUUCCUGGGUUAUUAAAAAUUGCGAUGUUAGACCUGUUUAGAUAUGGGAAUUUUCUAGACUUAAUUUUGCACACACUUUUCUUUCUAAAAGAAAAUUAACUGAGUUUGUUUUAUCUGGUAAGGUCGAUGGUUGGGAUGAUCCUCGUUUCCCUACUGUUAAGGGUAUUUUGAGAAAAGGUUUAACUGUGGAAGCUUUGACAGAGUUUAUGCUUAUGUAGGGUCCUUCUAAGAAUACUAAUUUAAUGGAAUGGGAUAAGAUUUGGGCUAUUAAUAAGUAAUUUAUAGAUCCUAUUUCAGGAAGAUAUACAGCUAUUGCUGCUAAAACUGCAUGUAAGGCUAUUGUUGUUAAUGGACCUGAAACUGAAGAAAGCUUUGAAGUUGCUUUACAUCCUAAAAAUGCUGAAAUGGGAAAUAAAUAGAUUUUUAAGUCUAAGGAUUUGUUAAUUGAAUAUGAUGAUGCAAAACUUUUAAAAGUAGAUUAAAUUGUUACUUUUAUGAAAUGGGGAAAUAUGAAAGUAUUAGAUAUCUAAGAAAAUUAAGAAGGUACUUUAAAAUUAUUACUUGAAUAUUUACCUGAUAAUAAAGACUUUAAAAAUACUAUUAAAGUUAAUUGGUUAGCUAAUUCUUAAUUAACUCAAGUUUUACUUGUUGAGUAUGAUCAUUUACUUAAAAAUGAUAAAGUACUUGAAAAUGUACCUUUUGAAGAAUAAUUAAAUGAAACUACUAAAUAUGUUACUGAUGCUAUUGGUGAACCUUUGUUAAAAAAUCUUAUUAAAGGUUAAUAUAUUUAGUUAGAAAGAAGAGGUUAUUUCAAAGUUGAUAAAAUCCAUGAUAAUCAAAAUGGAGAUAAAGUUAUUGAAAUUAUAUUUGUUCCUGAUGGAAAGUCUAAAGGAAUGUCGACAAUAUCUAAAAAUGUAGCAAAUAGAUGAUGAGGUAAAGAGAGAUUUUUUUCUACUUUAUUUAAAAAUAUUAUGUUUAUUUUAUUUAAGGUUUAUAUUUUUAUAAUUUUUUAUUUAAAUAUAUGAUUAGUAUUUUUUUAAUUU